AUGAUCAUUAAGAAUAGUGAGCUUUUGGAAGACAUAAAUUAUAAUUUAAAAUUAACAAAAUGGAUACUUAAGCCUCUCGGAGUUUGGUCGUUUGUUACAAGAGAUUCUAAUUUAACUAGUAAAUUAUCGUCAGUUUUAAUUAUUUUUGUAAAUUCAUUCAUAAUGUUCAUAACUGUUAUGCCUUGUGGUAUACAUAUGAUCUUCAGAGAAACCGAUCAGGUUGUGAAAAUUAUUUUAAUGGGACCUUUUGGUUUUUAUCUUACCAAUUGUUGUAAAUAUUACUUCAUAAUGUAUCGUUCUAAUAUUAUAAAAAAUUGUUUAAAUCAUCUCAAAGCUGAUUGGGCUAGAGUAAAAACAGAGGAAGAUCGACAGAAAAUGAUCAAAAGUGUUAAUGUUGGUCGUAACAUCACUAAACUAUGUGCAAUUUUUAUGUUUUCUGGCGGUGUUUCAUACCACACGGUUAUGCCUAUAUGGAAAGGUAGUACAUUGAAUGAAUUGAACGAAACAAUCCGACCGCUUGCUUAUCCAGGGAAUGAAAUUUUUUUCAACUGUCAAAAAACUCCAAUCUACGAAUUCAUUUUUUUUCUUCAUUUCAUAUGCGGUUUGGUUUUGCUAACCAUUACAACAGGAGCUUGCCAUUUAGCUGCUAUAUUUGCUACUCACGCCUGUGGACAAGUUGACAUACUCAAAUCACAAUUGGAAAAUUUGCUAAAGAAAGAGAAUCCAAAAACAAAUGAUACCAUUGAUAACCGGAUUGCAUCUAUUAUACAAAGUCAUGUUAGAAUUUUAGAUUUCUCAAAAAGUAUUGAAAUAAUGUUACGUGAAGUUUGUCUUGUUGAAGUUGGAGCAUCAACUAUGAUUAUCUGUUUAUUGGAAUAUUACUGCAUGAUAGAAUGGAGUAAUAGUGAAACAAUAAAUAUUUUGACAUAUUUAAUGUUACUGACAGCAUUGACCUUCAAUAUAUUCAUAUUUUGUUACAUUGGAGAGAUUCUAAACCAACAGUGUUCUUCAAUCGGAGAAUCCACCUAUAUGAUAAAUUGGUAUAAAAUGCCUGGGAACAAAGGUAAGUAUUUGAUGCUCACGAUUGCCUCGUCAAGGAAUCAACGUCAAUUAACUGCUGGUGGUAUGCUCGACCUAUCGCUCCACAGUUUUGGCAAUAUUAUCAAAACUUCACUAGUGUACCUAAAUAUGCUUAGAACUGU